GAUUUACUGAGGCAGAAAAUAAGGGUUUUGCGGGUGUCAUUACAUAUAUUAACAGCACUGGGGUACAAGUAGAGAGAGUUUCAAGAAAGUAAAGCCAUGUCUUUAUUAGCUAAAUAAACUAUGGAAGAAAACAAGAAAAAAAUAAAAAAGAUGCCUUCGAGGAGUACACUACACUAGGUACUCCCUUAUAUAUCCUCUUCAGCAAUUCAUUCUCACCUCACAAAGUUCAUACAGAAAACACAAUUUUGUUCAUUGUUCAUUGUUCACUUUCAAAUAUAGAUAUAUCUUAGCCUAAUUCGGUGAUAACGAAAAUGGUCUCCAAAAAGCCUAGAAUUGUGAUAAUUGGUGCAGGAAUGGCUGGAUUAACAGCUGCUAACAAGCUCUACACAGCUUCCGGCUCGAAAGAACUCUUCGAGCUUUUCGUUGUAGAGGGUGGAACAAGAAUCGGUGGCAGAAUUAACACUUCCGAAUUUUGCGGUGACAGGAUUGAGCUAGGGGCUACUUGGAUCCAUGGAAUUGGGGGUAGCCCAGUUUACAAAAUUGCUCAAGAAAUCGAUUCAUUGAAAUCUGACCAGCCAUGGGAAUGUAUGGAUGGAAAUUUGGAGGAUCCUUUGACCAUAGCUGAAGGAGGGUAUGAGCUUAAUCCAUCAUUUGUUGAGUCUAUCUCUAGUCUUUUCAAGAAUCUGAUGGAUUUAGCUCAAGGGAAAGUGAUUAAAGAAGAUGGCGAAAUCGUUGCGCGUUUGAAGCAAGUUGCAGCCAAAUCUGCUGGAGAUCUCAGCGUUGGUUCUUUUCUGGAGCAAGGCCUCGAAGCUUAUUGGAGCCUAACUAAAGACGAGAAGCUUGCUGUCAAUGGAUUUGGAAAUUGGAGUGGAAAAUCACUCCAAGAAGCCAUUUUUGCAAUGCAUGAGAACACGCAAAGGACUUAUACAUCGGCCGAUAACUUGCACAGUCUUGAUUACAAUGCAGAGAGUGAGUACAAGAUGUUUCCUGGUGAAGAAAUAACUAUUGCAAAAGGUUACUUGAGCGUGAUUCAAUCACUGGUUUCUGUAUUACCAGCCGGUUUGAUCCAGUUAGGCCGGAAAGUGGUGAAAAUCGAAUGGCUGCUUGAGACGAAGAAGAACGGAGAGAUCAACAAUGGAUGGCCAGUUAAGCUACAUUUUUCAGAUGGAUCAACAAUGUAUGCUGAUCACGUAAUUCUCACAGUUUCACUUGGAGUACUUAAGCAAGGAAUUAAACAAGAUUCUGGUUUGUUUAGCCCCCCACUACCUAGUUUCAAGACUGGAGCAAUUUCAAGGCUGGGAUACGGUGUUGUUGACAAAUUGUUUUUGCAACUAAGUAACUCAGAUGAUGAUCAAGAAAUCAAUGGUUACAAAACAAAAUUUCCAUUCUUGCAAAUGGUUUUUCAUCAAAAAGAUUCCAAUUUAAGGCACCCAAAAAUCCCAUGGUGGAUCAGGAGAACAGCUUCUUUAUCUCCAAUUUACAGCAAUUCAAGAGUCUUAUUAUCAUGGUUUGCAGGCAAAGAGGCCCUACAACUCGAAUCCCUCAACGAUGAAGAGAUUCUAAAUGGGGUUUCCACAACUGUCUCAAACUUGUUACCCCAUAACUUGUGUAAUUCUGCAGGAGUUCCUCAACCAAAAUUUGAUAAAGUUUUGAGGACUAAAUGGGGUACUGAUCCUCUCUUCUUGGGAUCAUAUAGUUAUGUGGCCGUAGGAUCAAGUGGCGACGACUUGGAUACUCUGGCCGAGCCAUUACCAAAAACCGUCACUAUUUGUUCUGAUUCUUCGUCAUCGUCCUCCCCACUACAAAUUCUAUUUGCAGGAGAAGCAACACACAGAACACACUAUUCAACCACUCAUGGAGCUUACUUUAGUGGUCUUAGAGAAGCUAAUAGGCUUCUUAAACACUAUAAUUGUAUUGUUGUAUGAAUGUUUUUUGCCGUACUAGAAAUUUAGGCAGCUUAUUUUCUCUUACUUUUACUUAUUUUCUACAUUCAUUUGCAAGAAAAAAAAUUAAAAAUAUAUCUUCCUUAAGCUAGUCUAUAAGCUAAGAAUGUUGGGGGCAGUGAAAGGGAGAGAUGGGGACAUUUUCAGAUGUGCUGAUCAAAUUGAAUGAAUUAAAGGAAGCUUCUUUUUCAUUUU